GGAUAGAUUACGCGAAGGGCCAGGAUUGUGUUUAGAACCUCACAAUAGAAAAGUCGCUUUAAACGACGUUUUUUCCAAACUUAUUUUAUUUAUGUAUACUUGUUUUUCAGCCUUAUUUUUAGUGUGAUUAGAAUGAAGCCGCAGUGGUGCAGGUCGCUGUGUUUAGUCUCAUAUAAGCUAAGCUAAGUUACCAAGCCAGCAUUGGUAACACUAGUUAACACGGACGCGAGUUUACAAUUUUUUCCAAGAUGUACACUUUGUUAUCUGGAUUAUAUAAGUAUAUGUUCCAGAAGGAUGAAUAUUGCGUUUUGAUCCUGGGACUGGAUAACGCCGGAAAAACGACGUUCCUGGAACAGACCAAAACAAAGUUUAGUAAGAAUUACAAGGGAAUGAAUUUAUCGAAGAUCACCACUACAGUUGGCCUGAACAUUGGCACAAUUGAUGUUGGCAAAGCCCGUCUAAUGUUCUGGGAUUUGGGAGGCCAGGAGGAGCUCCAGUCUUUGUGGGACAAAUACUAUGCAGAGUCCCAUGGAGUCAUCUAUGUGAUAGACUCAACUGAUGAAGAGCGUUUAUCAGAAUCAAAGGAGGCCUUUGAGAAAAUGAUCAGCAGUGAGGCGUUAGAAGGCGUUCCACUCCUUGUGCUGGCUAACAAGCAAGAUGUACCGAACUGUUUGUCAGUGCCAGACAUUAAAACAGCCUUCAGUGACUGUGCGCCGAAGAUUGGCAAGAGAGAUUGCUUAGUCCAGCCUUGUACUGCACUCACAGGGGAUGGAGUGAAUGAAGGCAUUGAGUGGAUGGUGAAGUGUGUGGUCAGAAACAUUCACCGGCCACCCAGACAGAAGGACAUCACAUAAGAUGUUAGUCAUCUCUGGACUCUGACUACGGACUGAGAGUUUCUUCUCGAGGACAUUCCAUGUUAAGCCCUGGAGCCGAUAACUUUCCUCUCACCUUGUAUUUCCUGUGACAUUGAAUGGUUUGGAUUUUUGCUUUUUGGAGUUCAUUACGGUAUUUUUAUCAACAAGCAUAACUUCAGAUGUCCUUUGAUCAGAUGUCUGCGUGUUUGUGCCCACACUUUUUGAAGGUGUAUCAUUUAUUGUUGCUGGCUGGGAUCCGUGCUGCAGCAUCUGUAUGGAGCGCGCCAUGUGGGCAGAAGUACUGACACCUCAUUUCUCACAUUAUAUAUACAAAGCAUUGGCGAGGGAGUUAUCUGUUUAAUCAGAUCCACUAAGCAAUGAUAAGUUACAUGUUUGCAGAUAAACUGAAACGUAAAUUCUCCUUUUUGUGAAGGCUAUCAGUGAUUAACGAUACAGCAUUUUUCUUCCGUCAUUAGAACCUUUAUUAACAUAUUUAUAGAAACAGUUUACAUUUUAGCUAGGUUGGUCACUUUUUUCCUUUUGUCAUUAAGCAUCAGCGAGGAAUUAUUAGGAAAUUGAUCUGUCCUGUCUAUUUAUGAGUUUCAACAUUUGGGAAGUGUGACUGUACAGGUAGUUAGCCUUCACUUCUGGCAUUAGGAAGUAAUUUUUUUUUUUUUAAUUUAAAUCAACACCAGCUAAGUCCUGGACCCUCAGCUGGUCAUCUGCUCAUGUGGCAGUAAAGACAGAACAUUACAUUACCAAUAUUGCCCAGUGGUUCUCACACGUAUAUUUUACUUGGGUAGCCAACAAGGUGUGUUUGUCGACUCAUUUUUAAACUUUGCUGUCAGGCAGAUUAAGAAAAAAUACAAUCAGUUUACUAGUUGACAGUUCACUUUCCUCCCUUUUUGAAAGUUCAGUUGCUGCAAACUAGCUAGCGCCAACCUUUUCCAGCCCAUGUUUUCCCUACAAACUCUGUAUGGCUUUUUUAGUGAGUCUGACAUACACAACAGUGGCAGCACAGAUUACAAGUUUUACCAAUAUUUAAGUACAUUGCCGCCAUCUUGGAUAAAGUUGAGGUUUGUGGGGCUGCUCUGACUUUCCUAGUUGGACGUCUGACUUGAGGGGGAUGUUCCAGUUGAAAAAUCUGACUGGGAACUUGGAAAUUACAGCUUCAGGUGGAAUGCACCUGAGAGUUUGAGUUCAAUCACAGAAUGAGAGACUCACUGAAGGUUACAGCUGAUUAUAUUUCUCAGUUAUUUGCCACAAUUAAAUUGACCAAUAGAACAUUUGCAGAUGAAGAACUUAUAAGCAAAAUUGUUUGAUAAUUCCAAUAUUCCACAUGUGCACAAUGUGCACAUACCCAUCCAUCUUUUGGAAUAAAUCUUUUGCAAACCAUUGCUGGUCUUCCAGUCUAACACAAAGCAUAGUGAGAUACUGAAUGAUUUGAGGAAGAAGAUUACAUGAAUCACCAGAUCACAACCCAACUCUAAAUUGAUAGGAGAUUUUGGACAGUCUAUUCUUCUUUUGAAAGAAUGUUGUUCAUCCUUCCAGUAGAGUUCCAGAGACUUUGACAACCAAUGCACAUGAGUAGUGAAUCUGUUCUGGCAGCACAUGGUGGCUAAAUGCAUUACUAUGCAGUUUUUCCUCUUAUUUGGUCCCCGCUUUAUCUGUUGAUAUACCAGCAUAACUCUAAUUUUUUUUUCAUUUUCAGUCAUGUUCAAUCGGUCCAGUUGGCAGUUGCUACUUUAAUUGUCAACAUGGUAUUGUUUGCCCUUUUAAAUUUUGACAUGGAUUAUUUUUCUCAUCAUUAUACAUUUGGAUUCCCAUCAUUAUCAAAAUAGGAAUUUGUGAGGAAUAAAUGAGUGUAAAUAACUGAUGAUUUGUAAAGUUCAAAUCCCAGUAAUGUGAGCAUAAAAUUAAUUUUAACUUUUGGAAGGAAAAAAAAACUGGAGGUGUGUGGAGGUGUUUUUGAUGUGUCCUUUGGGAUCAUUUUGCUCUGUGAGUCUCUGUGCUGACUAGUGCAGGAGCUCCAACAGUUUUCACAGACUUGAGUCAGGGGUCUCUCUUUGGUAAAACAUUACUUUGAUCUCUUAAUGAUUUUUUUUAUGUUAAUUUGCAGAAACACUAUAGAUGGUUCGGUAACUGGAUAUGCCAUCUGAGAAAGCUAAGUGUGCAGGGCACAGAAACCUUACUGAUCCUGCUAAAUCAAUGUCAGAUCAGCUGUUUGACUUGGGAUGUACUUAGUUAAAAAAAAUCAACUGAAGGUAACUUUUUCUGUCAAUCGCAUAGACUGGAUGAUAGCUUAUUCCAAUAAAUUUCUAAUUUCAGCAAGAA